CAUCGAACACUGUUGUCACAGAAAAAUCUCAAGAAAAUGUCCAUCAUCCCAAACAGCAACCCCUUCGAGGAUUCUCCAUUCUCGAGUGCCAUUUCUACUUCAUUACCAGAACUUUCUCGGGAGAAUCCAGCGUUCCAUAAUAACCAAAUUGAUUGGAAGGAGACCCCAGAAGCUCACGUAUUCAAGGCUGAUAUUUCGGGGCUGAAGAAAGAGGAAGUGAAGGUUGAGGUUGAAGAUGGAAAAAUACUUCAGAUUAGCGGAGAGAGGAGCAUGGAGAAAGAAGAUAACAACGAUGGAUGGCAUCGCUUUGAGUGUAGCAGUGGAAAAUUCAAGAGGAGUUUCACGCUUCCAGCGAAUGCCAAAUUGGAUCAGGUGAAGGCUUCCAUGGAGAAUGGGGUUCUCACUGUCACUGUCCCUAAGGAAGAUGCUAAGGCCAUUGAGAGUUUAAAUUGAUCAGAAGAAUGAUAAUUAAUUCUAUUGGUUCGGAUUGAAUUCGAGUGUUCUUUCUUUC